CAUGUGUAUUUUUCAAUGUAACAUUGAUAGCAGCCUAGAGAGCAUGACCGAUUCUUCUCGAUCUUGAAAAACUCUGCACCUUCUUUCUUCUUUCCACUUGACCAAUGGUGGCAACAAUCAUCGUUGACUUUCAGAACUGCUUCAUCUUUAUCCUCUUAUGCUUCUUCUCACUACUCUGUUACACUCUCUUCUUCAGGAAACCAAGGGACUUUUCUUUGCCUCCAAGUCCUCCUUCAAUACCCAUCAUCGGCCAUCUUCACCUUCUUCUCUCUGUACUAAUCCACAGAUCUUUACAAAAACUCUCCUCCAAGUAUGGAUCUAUUCUCCAUCUCCGCAUAUUCAGUUUCCCCAUAGUCCUCCUCUCCUCAGCCUCAGUUGCUUACGAGAUCUUCAGGGCACACGACGUUAACAUCUCCUCUCGUGGUCUCCCUCCGACCGACGACUCCCUACUCGUUGGAUCUUUCAGCUUCAUCUCUGCUCCCUAUGGAGAUUACUGGAAGUUCAUGAAGAAGGUUCUUGUCACCAACCUGCUAGGACCUCAGGCUCUUGAGCGGUCACGAAGAGUCCGUGUUGACGAGCUAGAUAGGUUUUACAAAAACUUAUUCGAUAAGGCGGUGAAGAAAGAGAGCGUGGAGAUCUGUGAGGAAGCGUUGAAGCUCACUAACAACAGCGUCUGCAAGUUGAUAAUGGGGAGGUGUUGUCCAGAGGAGGGAGGUGUGCUGGAGAGGGUCAAAGGAUUAGCUACUGAGUUAGAUAUUACGACGAAGAAGAUUUUGUUGGCAAACAUGUUGCCCCCAUGGUUAAAGAAGCUUGUUCUCUCACUGUUUAAAAAGGAAGUGGAGGUUCUAUCAAACAGCUUCAAUGAGCUGCUCGAAAAGAUUCUUGUGGAACACGAAGAGAAGCAGGGAGAGGGUAAGGACUUGAUGGACGUGUUGUUGGCAGCUUAUAGAGACGAAAAUGCAGAGUAUAAGAUUACUAGGAACCAUAUCAAGUCCUUUUAUGUGGAUCUUUUAUUUGCAGGCAGUACCACCUCAGUGCAAACAAUACAAUGGACAAUGGCAGAGAUCAUCAACAGCCCCAAGACUCUUGAGAGACUGAGAGGGGAACUCGAUUCCGUGGUGGGGACGACAAGGUUGAUCCAAGAAACAGAUUUACCAAACCUCCCUUAUUUACAAGCAGUGGUCAAGGAAGGGCUAAGACUGCACCCGGCGGGACCUCUCUUCGCAAGAUUCUCCCAAGAAGGGUGUAGGAUAGGAGGGUGCUAUGUACCGGAGAAAACAUAUCUAAUGGUUAAUGAUUAUGCUGUGAUGAGAGAUCCAGAUUACUGGGUAGAUCCUGAUGAGUUUAAGCCAGAGAGGUUUCUAGAAGAGGAGGAGAGAAAAGAGCAAGUACUUAAGUACAUUCCUUUUGGAAGCGGAAGAAGAGGUUGUCCUGGAGAGAAUCUAGCUUAUAUCUUUAUAGGAACUGCGAUAGGAGUGAUGGUGCAGGGAUUUGAAUGGAGAUUUAAAGAAGAGAAAGUUAACAUGGAAGAGGCUGUUGUAGGACUGACCUUGACUAUGGCUCAUCCUCUCAAGCUCACUCCUGUUGCUCGAACCGUCAACCCUCUAACUCUGAAUCUAAAGAGUUAUGGUUUAUGACUUUUCAGCAACACUAAAGACAGAAGCCUGUCGUGGACCUUCCAUGUUUUUAAUUAUUUCACGUAGUUAUAAGAAUAAAACAUUGUGUAAUUAGUUAGUGAGCAAAUCAUGAUUGAUCACUGGUGAUUCAGAUGCAAAAAUCUUAUCCGCAAGAAAAUCCAACAUAUUUGUCUAACAAAAAUACUUCCGACAUGCCCCCAGAAAGUGGAAUGUCUGAGACAAUAGUGCUUUGGCCAAGCAAAUCAAAUAGACCUCUAGUUUCGUUAUGCCCAAACCACCUUCUCGCUUAGCUUUUGAUGGAGAGUUGAGACAACCACACCAGAGAAAUGAAGAACUCAUAGACUCAAUGACGUCAAAGCACCAGAAAAUUUUGAUACUGACUUAUCACUGAUUGAAUGAGUUGCAAUCUGCCCGCAUAGGAAAGAGAUUUACUUGUCCAGGAGAGGAACCAAGUGUGAAUCCUAUCAAUUUGAGAGGCUAAUAGUCUGCUCUGGUCAGACUUUUAGUGGUUAGUCGGGAGGCAAAGAUAUCUGAUAGAGAAUUGAUCAACUCGGACACCAAGUUCAGUCGCUGUCUUAUGGAGAUCAAAAGUGUUAGCCCGGCUAUAAAUAUUGAAGGUUUGUUCAUGUUAACUGCUAAACCAAAAGCCAUUUCAAACUCCUUCAGAACCAUAGCAUUACCACAGAGGGAGGAGGCUGUGCCAUCAUUAAAAAUAAGUAGACCAUCUCCAAAGUUGAGAUUGGUGAUUUUAAAAUCUAGUCUACUCUAUUGUUUGGUCUUGAUCGCAAGUGAGACUAAGGAUUCUAAAACGAAAUAUUUUGAGUCUUGACUAUUACCUUAUUUACAUCUACAUUUAAUAACUACUUUUAUUUUCAUU